UUGGCGCCAAACUUCCCAUGGCUGGACGCGCUACUAAACAAAGUAGCGCCAUCCCAGCCUGGAGAAAAAGAAUUGAGGACCGUAUCGCAAAGGCAAGGGCCCCUUAUCGGCAGACUGAUAAGCUUCAGGUCGGGUAAUAAUAGACCGAGGGUUGUGCGCACCGUUAGAAUGGCGUUUGCUGGGACAAAUAUCAGUUUGUCCCAGCCGGAUAUCCCGCAGAAACUAACGGAGCGCAUAGACGACCUGAAGCAAAAGAUUGCCGCUUGGGGGAAGCGGAUUCGCCGAUUUACCGAGAGGUCAAGGCGGUUCAACCAGAAUCGUCUCUUCCAGAGUGAUCAGAAGAGGCUCUACAAAUCAUUGGAGCGACCAGAGGUAUGUGGAGCGGGCCCAGGACCGGAUCAGGCUAACACUGUCGCAUUUUGGCGUGGCCUGUGGUCAGAGCCCGUAAACCACAGCGAGGGCCCUUGGACGGAAGUUGUGGCGAGUCAGUGUGCGAGUAUUACGCCCAUGGACCCCGUCAUCAUAACGCCGGAUGACGUAGCUGAGGCGGUCCGUAGAGCCCCGAACUGGAAAAGUCCGGGACUCGACGGACUGCAUCACUACUGGCUGAAGGGGUUCAUGGUGUGUCACGCUGUGCUCGCCCGUCAGUUUCAAGAGGCUCUCAACCAGAAGUCGCUCCCUAGCCUCUUCACUACUGGGAUCACUCAUUUGGUUCCUAAAGACCAGAAAACACGUCAAUAUCAUACGACAUCCGAGAGCGAGGAGGAGUAA